GAGCUGUCAAUCAUAAGGGGAGACUCCAAACAGUGAGCCUGGAGCUGGAGAACAGCGUUUACCGGCGGAGCGGCCGGUCUUAUGAAUGAAGCGAUGGCUACAGAUUCUCCUAGAAGACCCAGUCGAUGUACUGGUGGAGUUGUGGUUCGCCCUCAGGCUGUCACAGAGCAGUCCUACAUGGAAAGUGUUGUGACUUUUCUACAGGAUGUUGUGCCACAGGCUUACAGUGGAACACCUUUAACAGAAGAAAAGGAGAAAAUAGUCUGGGUCAGAUUUGAAAAUGCAGAUCUAAAUGAUACUUCAAGGAAUCUAGAAUUUCAUGAACUACAUAGCACUGGAAAUGAACCCCCGCUGCUGGUUAUGAUUGGCUACAGUGACGGAAUGCAGGUCUGGGGCAUCCCUAUCAGUGGGGAAGCCCAGGAGCUCUUCUCCGUUCGACAUGGUCCAAUCCGAGCUGCUAGAAUCUUGCCUGCUCCACAGUUUGGUGCUCAAAAGUCUGAUAACUUUGCGGAGAAGAGACCCCUUCUUGGUGUUUGUAAGAGCAUUGGAUCUUCAGGUACGACACCACCAUACUGUUGUGUGGAUCUGUAUUCACUUCGUACCGGGGAAAUGGUCAAGUCCAUUCAGUUUAAAACACCCAUUUAUGAUCUUCACUGCAAUAAGCGGAUCCUCGUCGUAGUCUUGCAGGAGAAAAUCGCUGCCUUUGAUAGCUGUACUUUCACAAAAAAAUUUUUUGUCACAAGUUGUUAUCCUUGUCCUGGGCCAAACAUGAAUCCUAUUGCUCUUGGGAGCCGCUGGCUUGCCUAUGCAGAGAACAAGUUGAUUCGAUGUCAUCAGUCCCGUGGUGGAGCCUGUGGAGACAACAUUCAGUCUUACACCGCCACAGUCAUUAGUGCUGCUAAAACAUUGAAAAGUGGCCUGACAAUGGUUGGGAAAGUGGUGACUCAGCUGACAGGUACACUGCCCUCAGGAGUGACAGAAGAUGAUGUUGCCAUCCACAGUAACUCGAGACGGAGCCCUUUGGUCCCAGGCAUCAUUACGGUUAUCGACACUGAAACAGUUGGAGAGGGCCAGGUGCUUGUGAGUGAGGACUCAGACAGUGAUGGCAUUGUGGCCCACUUCCCUGCCCAUGAGAAGCCAGUGUGCUGUAUGGCUUUUAAUACUAGUGGAAUGCUUUUAGUUACAACGGACACUGUUGGCCAUGACUUUCAUGUCUUCCAAAUUCUGACUCAUCCAUGGUCCUCAUCACAAAGUGCUGUUCAUCAUCUGUACACUCUUCAUAGGGGAGAAACUGAAGCCAAAGUUCAGGACAUCUGUUUCAGCCAUGACUGUCGCUGGGUGGUGGUCAGUACCCUCCGGGGCACAUCUCAUGUCUUCCCCAUCAACCCUUAUGGUGGCCAGCCUUGUGUUCGUACACACAUGUCACCACGAGUAGUGAAUCGCAUGAGCCGUUUCCAGAAAAGUGCAGGGCUGGAAGAGAUUGAACAAGAACUGACGUCUAAGCAAGGCGGCCGCUGUAGUCCGGUGCCAGGCCUGUCAAGCAGCCCUUCUGGCUCACCCCUGCAUGGGAAACUGAACAGCCAAGAUUCUUACAAUAAUUUUACCAACAACAAUCCUGGCAACCCCCGGCUCUCUCCCCUCCCCAGUUUGAUGGUCGUGAUGCCUCUUGCACAAAUCAAACAGCCAAUGACCUUGGGGACCAUCACCAAGCGAACAGGGCCUUAUCUCUUUGGAGCGGGGUGUUUUUCCAUAAGAGCUCCAUGCAAAGUUAAACCACCUCCACAAAUUUCACCAAGCAAAUCGAUGGGCGGAGAGUUUUGCGUGGCUGCUGUCUUUGGAACUUCCAGGUCAUGGUUUGCCAAUAAUGCAGGUCUGAAGCGAGAAAAGGAUCAGUCCAAACAAGUUGUCGUAGAAUCCCUCUACAUUAUCAGUUGCUAUGGGACCUUAGUUGAACAUAUGAUCGAGCCCCGGCCACUCAGCACUGCUCCCAAGAUAAGUGAUGAUACUCCCCUGGAGAUGAUGACAUCACCUCGUGCCAGCUGGACACUUGUUAGAACGCCUCAGUGGAAUGAACUGCAGCCACCGUUUAAUGCAAACCACCCUCUGCUCCUUGCAGCAGAUGCCGUGCAGUAUUACCAGUUCCUGCUUGCUGGCUUGGUCCCCCCUGGAAGUCCUGGUCCCAUUACUCGACAUGGGUCCUAUGACAGUUUAGCCUCCGACCAUAGUGGACAGGAAGAUGAAGAAUGGCUUUCCCAGGUUGAAAUCGUGACACACACUGGACCCCACAGACGCCUGUGGAUGGGUCCCCAGUUCCAGUUUAAAACUAUCCACCCCUCAGGCCAGACCACAGUCAUAUCAUCUAGUUCAUCUGUGUUACAGUCUCAUGGACCGAGCGACACGCCACAGCCGCUCUUGGAUUUUGAUACAGAUGAUCUAGAGCUCAACAGUCUCAGGAUCCAGCCAGUUCGCUCUGACCCAGUCAGCAUGCCAGGGUCAUCUCGUCCAGUGUCUGAUCGAAGGGGAGUGUCCACAGUGAUUGAUGCUGCCUCAGGUACCUUUGACCGGAGUGUGACUCUGCUGGAGGUGUGCGGGAGCUGGCCCGAGGGCUUCGGGCUACGACACAUGUCCUCCAUAGAACACACAGAGGAGGGCCUCCGGGAACGGCUUGCAGAUGCCAUGGCUGAGUCGCCAAGCCGAGACGUCGUGGGAUCCGGAACAGGUAAAGACAUAGCUCUUGAUGUAGCAGUCAAAAACAACAACCCCGAGAGACACAUGGCUGUGAAGUGUUUGGGGAAAAAAAAAGGAAAAAAAAAACAAUGCCAACAACCCAGCGUCCGUGAACAACCCAACAGUAACAAAGCAUGCGUUCGGGAUGGAGGAAGAACUUCAGCGAGAGGGAAGCAUCGAGACUCUGAGUAACAGCUCAGGCUCCACCAGCGGCAGCAUCCCAAGAAACUUUGAUGGCUACCGAUCUCCACUCCCCACCAAUGAGAGCCAGCCACUCAGCCUCUUCCCCACUGGCUUCCCAUAGGCACCAGCCACCUGCUUCUGACUGGCUGCCCUGCUCGUCUGCUAGAGGGAGGGGGAGAAGCCCCCCUCUCGUCCUACCCUUCAGUCUCUGCUCUUCUUUCAUCAACCACCUUCCCUAAGCUUAAUGACAACAGUUGCUCAUCCUACCUGGACGAGAAGAAACCCUUCUCCAAAGCACCUUGGUGCACCCUGACCUCUACCGCUCCUGUCAGUGGGGGCUGUGGCCAAAAGAGACUGCAGCAGCUCAGUCCCUUCUCCAUUUGCACAUGAUGUUCUGCAUUGGAUCCGCUUUUGUAUUUUCUAACCGAACCUGCAGGGGAACUGGAACAGUGGCCAGAUCUUAGUGCCUGGGUGGGGAGAAGGUGAGUGGUCCAUCUAGGCAUUUUGGCGCUUGGUGGACAAUGUCAGCCCUAGCCCACUUGAGGCUGUGACAUACACUGCCUCCAGCUUCCCCUGCUCAGUUUCCUCCAGGACAGGAGUGAACUGAGACCCAGAGUGAUAGGGAAGGAGGAAGGAAAGAGAAGCCUCCCCUUGCCCCUUGCUUCCCCCAUUGGCUCGUGGGAAGAGUUUGUCUUUCUUUAUGCCCUUGUACCGUGGUCCUGUGCUGUUCAGUGAAGGAAACCGUGGUUAAGAAGGCCCUGUCGAAAAGUGCACGUCUUGUCCAAUAAAUCACACUGCAAUUGGUGUCCA